ACGAAACUAAAGUUGAGGGUUUAUUUCACAGGAUUUUUAGUUGAGGAUUUUUUUUACGAUUCAUCUUUAGUUUGAAGAGUUUAAUUACUAAAAACCCUUAAAAAAACUUAGUUCAAGUAUCUCAAACGUAACCUUUAAAAAGACCAUGCAAAAUGGCCUAAAGAAAGACUUUGAUGAGUCUCCACGUCACUUUUUGUUUUCGGCUUUUGUCCCCUAAACUUUGGACAACAUUCGCCUCGCAUCCCGACACUUCCCGGGACCUCUAUCUCUCUCCCCCACCCCCUUCUCUUUCACCUCUCCUAACCCAUUUCUGUAUUUUAAAUAUUUUAUUGUUUAUGAAAAUGACUUUAUAUUUAGUUUUGUUUCUUUACGUUGUUUUCUUUCAUUUAUUACUCGUGGUCCUCUUCAUUUGCAAUGCUCUGAAAAUUUCUAUCUUAAAACGUAAUACAUCGGUGGUAGCUUGGUGGCCAUCAUUCAAUCAAGCAGUGAUAGCUUGAUAGUAAUUUAUCGACCUGAAUUUAAGUUUUACCGGAAAUUAAGUUAUUAUUUACUUGGUCAAAUCAUUAAUAAAAAAUUCAACAUAAUCAUGAGUUAGCCAUAGAAAAAUCGUGGCUGAAGCAGGAAAGUUAUAAUUUUACCACAAACCCACCACAAUUAACAAUUUAGCCAUAAUUAAGAAUAACCGUGGCUUAUGGUUAAUAUAAUUUUUUACAAAAAAAAAUAUGGUUAAAAUAACCACGUUUUGACCAGAAAAAUAAAUAUAACCAGAUUAGCCACUAUAUAUCCAUGAAAAUAACCAUGAAAAAACCACGAAAAUAACCGUAGAUAAUAUGUUAACCAUGAUAUUGCCACUGAAACUUCAUUGUUGUUUUAUUAGCCACGUUUAUACUAUGGCUAAGGUCAUCUCCGAUCCAACAUCAAAAUACAAACUGUAAUUUCUAUAUCAAAUCCUCUUCAAUCAAACUGCUAAAAUCACGUUAUUUUAGUGUAAAAUUAGAAUACUCCAUCAAAUUUGGCAUGUUACUAUUCACAACGCUAAACACUGUUCAUACACCACUGUUCACUAUACAAAAUACUAUUCAUUUUAUUUUUAAUAAUAAAUAUUAGUUUAAUAAUUAUUAGAGGAAAAAUAAAUACAUAUAAAAUAGUGAAAUAAAUAAAUAAAAUCAAUAUAUUACAUAUAUUGAAAUAGUUUAUUUUAAUUUAUCAUUUUAAUAUUGUUAUAUGUUAAAAUUAUAAAUAUUUAUUUAAAAAUAAUUGCGUGUGAUAUAUUUUUGUGUAAUAUAAUUACAUGACAAAAUUAAUUUAUUUUAUAUAUUAAAUAAUAAUAUAAAAUUUAGUUUAGUUAUAUAAAAAUAAAAUAGAGUUUUGGUGCUGUGGUUGGAGAAAAAUAGUUUUGUGUUAAAAUUACACUAAAAUGGUGUAGUUUUCAGUAUUAUGGGUUAGAGAUGUACUAUUAAAUCAUGGUUUUGCCAUGUCAUUUAGGUGGUUAUAGUUUUGAAAUUUUCCACCAACAGAUCAGUGGAAACGUGUUGUCUCAUCGAAUCAUCAAAAACUAUAUACUGCGGCUAAGGCGAAACUAUGGCUGGUUUUCAACGUCAUUUUUUCUGUCUAUGUCGAAGAAUAUAUAAUGAGGGAUAAAUUUUAAAAAUAACCACGUUUAUAUGUGGAGAGAUCGGGGAUGGGAUCAACUAUAUAAUUAAACUUCUGGACAAAAUAUUUUUCAUUUGAGGAUAUAACAAAAAUAUUGUAAGCAGUUGAUGUUUUUCUUUUGAACAAGGAUUAUGUCGUUCUAUUUUUUUUUGAUAAUCCAGGUAAUCUGGACACCCCGGAGGGAACCCGAGUAGCACCUAAGUACACCACUGCAGAAGGCAUCCUGGAGACCCGCCUUUUCACCCCAUUUUAAUCGAUGGUGGCCAGCGGGAUUCGAACUCGGGUUCAUAUUGGGGCCAAAGCUCCCUCAAGACCACUGUGUCGUCCUGGCUUGGUUAUGUCAUUCUAUUUUCAGUCGAGACAGUGGAUGGAUCAGAGAGUUGAUCCAGAAUAUAAUUGUAUUUCAAAUGUUUAUAUCAAGGUAGUAACACUUUUAUUCUAUUUGCUUGUAAUCAAACAUCUUAUCGAGAGAGUAAUACUUUAUUGUGAAAAAUAUGGAUGCAUAAAUCAUUUCAAGACAUAUUUUCUCGUCUAGAUUUAGGGAAAUUACUAUAUAUUGACGUGUCAUGGAGAAAUUUUUUAUGAUGUUGGUGAGAGUUCUGGGGCAAAGGAAUUGUCGGCUGAAGAAAAUGUGAGAGAAUAGUACUAGGAAUGUUGAAUAUUAUGGUUACUAUCAUGGUUCUGAAACAUAUGAUUACAUGGGAAAAGAUGUAGCACCACAUCUCAGAACCUAUAGAAGAGACCAUCAAUGAAGAGUCAUUUCAUGAUAGUGUUUUCAAGCAUUUGAAAUGACAAUUCAACCGCUUUACGAUGGUGUGAAGAAUGAAUUUCUCAGUUGUAUCUUACAUUGUGCAUGAUGAAAGUAAAGAUAUAAUUUGGCAAACUCAUGUAUAGAAGAGUUUACUGAAGCUUUAAAAAUGCUUCUACGGUUUUAUUAAGCUCUAUCAUCAUACUAUGAAACAAAGAAGCUGACAUUGGCGCUUGAGUUACUAGUACAUAAGAUUGAUGUUUGCGAGGGUAAUUGUAUGCUAUUUUGGAAAAGAGAAGAUCUUAAUUUUCUCACCUGUCGGUUUUGUGGCAGAGAAUGUUACUAUUAUUCGUGUGACAAGUAAAACAAAUACCAAAACAGAGAAUGUUUUACAUGCCGGUUACAGAUUGUCUAAAGCGCAUAUACCAACCCGAGGCGACUGUUUCCAAUAUUUAGUGGCAUAAUCAACAUGUGUCUCCAUAAAUGAUUAUGUUAUAAAUUGUGUUGUAAAAUGUUUAUGUUAUAAAACAAUGGUUCAAGUGUUUAGGAUAUAAACCAUACACUGGUUUAAAUGUUUAGGGGUUAGUGUUUAGAGACAAAUACUUAGGGUUAAAUAGUAACAGUUUAGUGACUACUAAUAUGUGGUUGUGUUAAAAAAAUAAGAAUUGGCUCGAUUAAAUUUUGGUUUUGCAGUUAAAUGAAACUUAGCCACAACUAUUCAAUGGCUGGGUAGUGGAUAUUUAAAAAUAAACCAAAAAUUAAACUGGUUUUCCCCGAAUAAUUUGGAUUUGCCUCCAAUUUAUUUGGUUUCGUUUUUAAUUAUCCCUAAAAAAAUAUCGUAGAGCCACAAUAUAGCCACGUUAUUUUUUUGAGGCUAAAUUUUAGCAUUUUCUUUUGAUCAACUCCCCUCAUUCUCAUUACAACACUUAGAAAAAACAAGUUUCUCUCCGACUCUCAAGUUUCUCUCCAAUCCAAAAGCCUCGUCAUCCGAUCUUCGUCUUGCCAUAUAACGUCCUUGGACUCGCCACCUCAUAUCUUCAUUGUAUCGCUGUCUAUCGUUCUAAUGUACUUGUAUGUUCUUUUCUUCUUCCUCGAUUCUUCUUCUAUAAGUUUUACGGGUUUGGUUAUGGAUUUUUGAUCCUUCUUAUUUGAUUUUUUUUGCAUGUUUUGUUUUGGAUUUUUUACCGUCCUUCUUCAAUUCAUUCCUUGCAUGUUUAGAGUUCUGGUUUUUGAUUUUCAAUUCUUAUUCGUAGAUUCGUUCCUUGCUUGUUUAGGGUUUUGAUUUUGGAUUUUCAAGUUGGACUAAAUUCUGAUUUAUUUUUUCGUUUUGCCGAUUGUUUAGGGUUUUGAUUUUUCCAAUUGAUUUUGAUGUUGCCAAUUUUUUAGGGUUUCAAGUUGGAUUACGAUUGUUUAAGGUUUCAUCUUGGAUUACGACUAUACUUUGUUUUAUUUUUCUGAGUUGGUUUUCGUUUUGGUUGUGACUAAUCCUUAUAUUUCUUCUUUUGUGAACAAAUAUGAAAUCAAGACGAGUAACACGCACAUCAUAUAUGUCUCCACCAAUGCCAUUAGGAACUAUGAGACCGACUGUUUUCUCACCUCAUUCAAAUAGCUACUCAUAAAUGAUUCAAAAUGUGAUGUUCAAUGUUCCUGCUAGGAAAUCCCAGCAACAUCUCCAUCCAAAUAAAGUCAAUGGAGCUCUAUGAUAAGUUAGACAUUACUUGUGUUUCUAUUAGAUUAAAUUAGACAUUUUGUUGAUUGUGUUUAUGUUACACUGAUCUAGACAUUAUGUGAUAUAUGUAUAUAUAUAUAUAUAUAUAUAUAUAUAUAUUGAUUUUAUAGUUAUUCGAAUUGUUUCAUAUAGUUAUAUAUAGUUUUUUUUUGCUUAUGCUAUACAUUGAAUAUUGUUAAUGUUGCUAUUUGUUAUCUUUUCUGGUUUGUUAUUGACCCUUCUAUCUACCAAUUUAUCCGUGCAACAUGGAAAUGUUAUUAUAUGGAACAAAGGAAGAGUUGCAUGUAUGUUCCCUAAGAAAUGAUGAAAGUAUGAUGGCAAACGUUUGUGGUAUGUGUUUCAACUUAAACCAUUUUCAUAGAUAUUAUGUUUUCCUUUUAUUUGCUAAUUAUUUUGCUUUCCUUGUAGCAAAACUAUUAUUGGAAACUUCAGUUCAACGACUUGGUCUCUGGUGUUUGGAAGAAGAAGAUGAGAAUAUUAGUUGGGAAAAGGAUUAGCGAGAAGAAGAGGCAAAACAAAAAACCAAAGUACAUUAACGAUGAAGACUAGACAAACUUCAUGGAACAUUGGUUAAUAAACCAUCACGAAAGAAGAGCAUGAAAGCUGCCAAGAGCCGCAACUCAGACCUUGUAGAUAAUUGGGUUCACAAGGAUAAUGCAAGACCUUGUUCCUUUGCACGCAUUGGAUAAAACAUGGUAUCGUUUAAUGUCUUUAAUUCUUUUAAAUAUAUGCUUUAUCUAAUGCUCUUUAAAAAUUGUUUUCAGAUAGUUGAGAAUGAUGCUAAAGAACCACCAUUAUACAUUGGCUGUCUGGAAGACACACACACACACACACACACAAAGAUGGUACAUUUUUGGACUACCGAGCUGAAGAAAUCGUCACUCAAACUGAGAUGAAAGCCACACAGCUCACUGAAGAAUCCAAGCGCAACAUCAGCUCCUUCACGCGUCCUGUUAAACAUUCUAUUUGAAUGUUAUAUUCUUAUUAUUACAAUCUUGUUAUUUUUUUCCUAGUGUUGAAGUUUUGUAGAUGGAAGUUGUUAAUAUGCAUGUUUUUCUUAGAAUUAGGCUUUGAUUAUUAGAAAAUGAUGUGUUAUGUUUUGAUUAGUGUACGAGUUCAGAAUUUGUUUGAUGUGUUAUGUUUUGCUUUGUGUACGAAUUCUUUAGAAUCUGUUUUGAUGUGUUCUAUUUUAUUUAGAGUUAAGCUUUGAUUAUUUAAAUAUGUUGUGUUUAAAAUGUGUUUAUGUGUUCUAAUUGUAUUUUGUUUAGACUAUUUUGAUGUGUUCUAUUUUGACUGUUUUGACUUUUCUUUCAUAGACAACUCAUGCCAAAAAAGGCAUGUAGCGCCCUAUACAAGAAGAAUCCUCCAUCUGGCAAAAGUUACAGCGUCUUUUAUCUGCAACUUCGAUAUGGAAAUACGGUUAUCUAGUAUGGAAACAUGCCUCGAAAGCAUCACGGCUGAUAUUGGUGAUGGCAAGGCAGACAUGACAGCAACAAGGGUUGCCAUCAAUCAGCACUUCCAUAAUAUUCUGCACCAAAAGAUCCAUGUCUCUUCUGCUUAUGUACCUAUUGCUACUAAUCAAGCCAAUGUUCUUGCUAUUCCUGAACAGAUAGUGAAACUUCUUACUUAACCUACUCCAACAAUUCAGCCACAAGUCCUUCCUCCAACCCAGCUAGAGAAGUCAUAGAUGGAUGUUUGAUGUCGAUCUGUGGGAUUGUAAUGCCUUUGUAGAGGUAAUUGUUUUGCUCUUGUGGUGUCAUCUUGUUCACAUGGAUUUAAACUCUUAGUUGUUGUUAAUGUUUUGUAUAGGCAUUUUUGAUGUAGUCCUUAUUUACAUUGCUUUCAACAUUUAUCAUGAACAAUUAUAAUAUGUAGUGUAUAAUUAUAUUAUAAAUAAUUUAGUAUUUUGUGAGAAUUGUUUUUUUUUAUGAAUGUUAAAUUUGUAUUCACCAAAAAAAACUGCUUUACAUCAAGUGCAUCUUGCUUUUAUAACUCUCCAACCGAAAAAAAAAAAUACUCCCUACUUCCGAACCAAACCGCAAGGACACCCUCUGCCCCCAGUUUGUUCGCUUUACUCACACUUACAAGGAUGAGUUUGUUCCUAAUUUGCUUCUCAACAAUCUUUACAAAGGUUGCAUGUUGCGGAGGCGCUUCACCAUGCCUUCUUCUAUUGUGCUCUCUCCACAUAUUAUGUAUUUCACACUGCAUUGCAUAUCUGACGCAAAAUAGUGCUUUUGCAUCAAGAGACUUGUCUACAAUGAUUAUCUUAAGAGCAUUCCAGUUAGCAGAGUAAGAAUUUUGCAGGAUCCCAUUGCUAAGUUUCUUCCAAAUGAACGAUGAGAAAAGACAAUCAAAGAACAUGUGGCUUUUUGUCAGAAUUUGUGUUAGCUUAUUUAGAUUUUAAAUUUAAUACAACAUCAAUUAAAUUAGAUUUUCAAUUGGAUAAUGAAAACAGAAAAAAUGUGGCUACAACAGUGACAAUAUAUGGCCAUUAUUAAAAAACAAAUCACGGCUAAGACUAGCCACGAUGAUUCAGUAGCCAAACUGAAGAUAUAUAUAGCCAAGAUAAUACAGUGGUCAACACUAUAGCUAUUUAUAUCCAUGAUAUAGUAAUGUACAAUCGUAGCUAUAUAUAAAGCCUCGAUAAGUCAUUCUCAAUAUUCGUGGAUGAAGUCUAGCAAGAUAAAUCAGUGGCCAAAACAGUGUGUAUAUAGCCAGGUUAUUUCUAUGACAAAUCCAUGGUUAAAAUAGCCAUAAAUUUGUUGUGGCAAAACUGUGGCUAUAGCCACGAUUAGCCGCUGUUUUUUUAGCCACAUUUUUUUCUUACAGCUAAAUAUGAAUAUUUUUCAUAUAGCCAUACAUCAUGAAAAUAUCAAACAUUUUUCUAGUAAAUAAUGAUAUAGGGUCUUGUAUUAGGUUUCUACUCAUACUAGUCAUAUAAGGAUGUAUGUUUUGAAAGAUUAGGGUAACCCAAAUCAUAACACCAAAUUUGAUAGUUUAAUGUCAAUUUGUUUAUUCAACCACAACACCAAAUUUCAUACCAAAAUAAUAUUAUAUAUUAUUAAAUUAAUAUUUUAGUUAUUUAAUUGAUAAUAAUCACAUUUAAGUUUUAUCCCGUUAAAUUUUUGUAAUUUUAUGUUAUAAGAUUUUUUUUACAUUUUAUAUUUUAUAAAAUAUUAGUUAAAAAUUAAAAUAUAUGUUAUUAAAAUAAGAUAUAAAGUAUAUAAAAUAAUUUUUAUUUUAUUUUUCUGAAAAUAAAAUGAAAACACAAAACUAUACAAUAUAUUUAGUUUUAAUUAUAAAUUUAAGCUAUUUUUAAUACUAAUUUAACUAUAUUAAUAAAUAAUUUAUAAAAAUACAUUUUGAUAUUUGGUGUAAUAAAUAGUAUAACAUCAGUGAAAUAAUAUUCACAAAAAAAUCAAAGUUUAGUGUUUUGGUGUCUCAUUAAAGUUGGUCUUAAUUAAGUUUCAGUCCAUAUACUCUCAUAAAAGAUCUAAUAUAACUAAUUUAUGUCUUUCUUUCUUUUUGUAUUCCAAAUCCCAUGAGACAUGCGUCAACCUGCAUCGUUCUUUUGGUGAUUCUUAAAAAAAAAGCUUUGAAUGAUAUGUCUAAUUAAAAAAUAAAUACGAUGCUACAAUGGAAUAAAUAACUAAAAGAACUUUUGUAUAUGGAAAAGAGUAAACUAAAUAAAAAUAAAAAGAGUGGAAAGUGGAGAAGACAACAGCGUAAUGAGAGGUUAGUAUAUAUGGGCUCACAAACUCUUAUGUAUAUUUUCUUUUCUUAUUCUUUUCCAAAUAUUAAUAUAUAUUGUUUCUUACCAAACUAACCACAUAAUAUAAUAUAUUACCGUUAUAAGAAAAUAAAAUAAAAUAUAUCUUUGCUUCUAUAUGUGUCUAUGUCCUUUCAUGUAUUUAUACACACCGAACAUUGUUCUUCACUAAAACAUUUGUUUCUGAAACACAAACCUCUUACCUCUGAACACUUUCAAGAGUACAUAUCCCCGAAAAAAAAUAAGAAAGUGGCCAUGGAAGAAAAUCAACAAGAAGCUUCAAUGGCACUAGUUCCCGUAGACAGCUUCUCUUACAGUUGGUUAGUUAACUUUCCUUCUUUAGAAGCUUCCAUUGAUGAUUAUCAUCAAACCUACGAAGAUUCUUCUUCUUCCUCCUUCAUCGAGAUGGAUCCAAGAUUGCCUCCUUCAAGAAGAUUCUUCAUCAACAAAGCCCAUGAAAGUAGCUUUAAGUUCGAUAACUUUGUCUCUUUCUCCGACCAAGAUCACUCUUUAGUUCACGCCGACGAGCUUAUCCGCGACGGCUACGUCGUGCCUUAUAUAUCAAAAGCCACGUCAGCAGCUACCGAGGAAGAAUAUAAGCCGUUGGAUACGAAAAAGGAGAAGAAGAUCGAAACACGUGACAUUAAGAACAAGUCUCCUUAUAUAAAAUUGAAAGUGUCGAAAUGGGUUUUGUUCAAGUAUCUUGAUUUUUUGACCCCAUUGUGUAAAAGAUUAAGGAGAUGUAGAUCCGCUAGAUCACCUGGAGGUAUUGGAAGCGACACGAGGAUCCGUGUAAGGACGUUGUCCAGAAGCAGAGUUUAUUCUGAUGAAACAACGUCGUCGCCAAGAAUAAGUGUUGCAGAUGAUUAUUAUUGGAGAAGGUCUUGCGAUUCAGAGAGUUCCAUUUACGAAGCCGUUCUUCAUUGCAAGAAAUCUUUCGAAAAUUGAACGUGAAGAAUCAAUCCAUGGAAAAGGAGCAGCUAGGAGCCUAGGAGUAGAGAUGGAGUAUAUUAGUACUUUAUACAUGGAGUGGGAGAGAGGGAGAGAGAGAGAGAGCAACUUGUAAUGCGUCUUUUUGUUGUUAGUCUCUCUUGAAUUAAAUAGUUUGAUGUGAUGAUUCCAUGUGAAUGUGUCAUCAGAUGUGGAUCAAGGAUUUUUUUCUUCUUUUUUUUUCUUUUUACAUGAAUGGGCACAUAUAUAGGUCAUAUAGGCAUCUAGCAGAAUCAAGAAAAUAUUUUCAGAUUUUCUUGGCUAUUUUUAUCCCCAUAUAUGUAAGUUAAAUAGUUUCUUUUUAUAUAUGUAAUCAUAUAUGUGCCUACCCAUGUUUUACUUUCUGGACCAAUGGUGUUUCAGUAUUUCUUACCUUUUGUGCAAAAUUGUCUUUUCUUGUCUUAGCGAUGUCAUACGGGGAUGUCAUCAUAUAUUUGCAUGACUGAACUCCUUAUAUUAUCAUAAUUGUAACUCAAAACAUUUAAAUCGAACACAGAGAAGCAAAAAAGGAAGUUCCAAAAACAUAAUAUCCAAAACGUUAUCAAUAUAUAUUUCGUAACCAAGGUGAAAAUAGUCCCUUGUAAGUGGGUUCUAGACUUCUUGGUAAUAGUUAAGGCCAAUGAUCCAUUUUUGCCAGCCGCUUUUGUACUGUUUCAGUAAAAUCAGCACGAGGUGUGUAUUUUCUAAAGAUAAAGUUAGAUUCCGGGAUAAUUUGGAGAUUAUUACUCAAAUACCACAUAAAAGUUGUUAUAUGACUACUAUAUCAUACAUCUUUUGAAAAUUAUUCAAAUGUUUGUAAACCCGUAGUAAAUUACAAUAAACACUCUUGCUAAGUUUUUCCUAACUGAAAUUAUUAAUAAUUAAAAAACGAUUAAAAUCAUUAAAAAUCUAUGUCACAAAUAAUUAUAAUCGACGUCACACUCUGAUCAAAAGAUAGAAAAGGUAACCAAACGAAGUUUAACUUAAAACUUCAUUCGUUGAUUAAACCCUCACCGCCGUUUGAGCAGACAUCGUUGUUUUCGUCCGAAAUUGUCUUCUCCGCAAUUAUCUUCUUCGAAAUUGUCUUCUCCGCAAACGUCUUUUCUGAAAUCGUCUUCUUCGCAAGUGUCCUCUUCAAAAUCAUCUUCUCCAAAACUGUAUUUUCCGCAAGCGUCUUCUCUAAAAUCGCUUUCUCCGCAAGCGUUUUUUCCAAAAUCAUCUUUUCUGAAAUCGUCUAUUCUGAAAUCGUCUAAAGUCGUCUACUCUGGUAUGUUUCGACGCUUUACCUUUCUGUUUUUCAAGUUUGUGAUUGAGUUUGAUUUAUGGUGUGGCUGAGUUAGUUUUCUAUUGCGGUUUAUUUAUAUAUCCAUUUCUGCGUAAGUUAGUUUGAUUUACAUAUGCAGUUGUGGCUGAGCUAGGGUGUGAUUGGUGUUAUGACUUUCAAGGUUUUAAAAGGUUUGACAGCCUUAACAGCUUUUUUUUUCAAUCAGGAUUUUUUAACAUUAACCUCUCUAAAGUUCUCAAAGCCAAUAUUCACUUCUCUCUUCUCUUUCUUUUGUUUUACCUAAAGCCUAGUAAACAAAGCUUUGAAAACAAAAUAUAUUCUUUUCUUUUUUUGAAAAUAUGAUUUUUCUUCUCCCAUCAUCAUUAUAAUCUUUAUACAAAUCUAUAUUAGUUAUAUUAUGAAAACAUUUUAUGAAUCAAUCAUCUAUCUUUUUUACUUGUUAUUUUAAGAUCCAUAUUGCCUACCAUUUUCAAAAUUUUAUUAUUAAAAUCUAUAAAGUUUAUUUUUAAAAGAAUUACUAACUUAUAUUAAAAAUUUGAUAAAUUUAUAACAUAAUGCAUAUAUAAAGUGGCAGUAUAAUUAAAAAUAAAAAUUAUUGAAAUAACAUAAAUCUUAUUUUUAAUAACAAAUGUUCAUUUGUAAAAUAACAAAUGUUCAUUUGUAAAAUAACAAAUGUCAUUUUCAUGGCUUUUACUACCAAUCACAGUUUUAAAGCCAAAAUCUCUACAACCAAAAAUCUAAAGUCACAGCCUAAAGCAACAGUCCUUACUAAUCGGAGCCCUAGUUUUCUAUUGCGGUUGAUUUAUAUUUGCAGUAGUGGCUGAGUUAGUUCUCUAUCGAGACUGAUUUAUAUAUAUAAUUGUGGAUGAGUAUUUUUUUGUGGUUGGUAAAUUGUAUGCUUUACGUCUGAUUUAUUAUUGAUAUGUUAUAUAUGUAUUUUACGAUCAGAUGGAUGCUUUUGAAGAUCAAGCACAAGAUUACCCUCCAAGACCUUACGCUGAAAGGGCUUCUAAUCUUGAAAAUAAAGACAUUAAUCACAAUUUCCAUACGGGAGACUUCCUUCACGUUAUUUUGUAUUUGAGUUAUGCUAUGUUUAUUUUGUAUUUGAGUUAUGCAUUGUUAUAUAACUCAGCCGUGUAGUUUAUAUAUCUCAGCCGUGUCAUUUAUAUAACUCAGCCAUACCUCAAACAUACCCUAAAAUCGGAUUUUUUUUAUAUAAUUCAUCUGUGUCGUUUAGAUAACUCAGUCGUAUCGUUUAUAUAACUCAGUCAUGCCUCAAACAUACCAUAAGAUUGGAAAUUGUAAUUGAAGUACUUAAAAAAAAUUAUGUUGAAGCUCCUCUUAUCAACAUCAAGACUAGAAUAUAAAUUGACUGAAUGUGUGAAGUUUCUUGAGUUUCCAAGUUGAGACUCUAAAAUGAUCUUGAGAUAUAUGUUCUCUUACAAUUACUUACAAGAAUUUAACUUGAUCUUGAACCCUAAAUCAUAGAAAGUAAACCAUAUACGAUGUACUUUCAUUUGAAUGUGUGUACUUUCUUAUAUUUCCUAGUAGACAUCCUUAAGAAUCCUAAACCAUAUAUCCUAUACCUUGAAGCCUAAACUUUAAAUCCUAUCCGAACGGUAUCUCAGCCGUAACGGUCCUAUAACACAGCCGUUAAGUAUAAUUUAUAUCGCGAAGUUUUUUAUUUUCGGAGGGAACAAAACCAUAAAUUCUGGCAUGCAAAUUUUACUAAAUUUUAUUAGAUUUAUCUCGCGAGUUUUCGUCGUUCUAUAUUGACCACUAUUUGUGAAGCUCCAAAAAUAUAUAUCUCGAUGGGUGGUUUGGCUUAUGACCAAACAACGAAUCAGUGGUAUAUCUUCUUGGACUACAUAAUUUUGAAGAAUCUCCACAUCCCAUGUCUAAUCCCCUUUGAUAAAUUCACCAACAGUCAUUCAGAGAUGUACCACAGAGGCAUUAGGUUUUGCCGGUCUAGCUGGUGUUAUAGGAAUCAAAUGAUCCUCCCACAUUUGAACCUCAUAUCCUAAAUAAAUGUUUUGUCUAAUCCCCAGUAGCAGUAAUUUUCUUGCCGUUGAAAUACUACAUAGGAAGGAUUAUCCAACGAGUUACUCGCAAUGGCGAGCUAUGUCAAUAGUAUCUUCCACACAAAACUCGAGCUACCAGAGAGUCUGAAAAUUGAAUUAAUCGCCAUAUUUGUUUUCCCAGGAGUGCCAUAUUAUGGUCAUGUAUCAGACAGAAUCCAAUUUCACCCUUCUCUCUUGGUAAACAAAGUUUAAGUUCCUCUUUUAGAUGGAUUUAAAUUCCACCAAAAAUGUGCAAUGACACUCGCAAAUCUCUCACAUAUCUCCAAAGGAAGUAAGAAGAUAAACAUGGUUUAACCCAGUAGAGCUAGUAAAAUAGUUUUGAUUAGCACUUAUUUCCCCUUUUGAUAACCAUCAGCAUGUCCUUCAGUUCACUCUGUUUUGUAAUCUUUCCUUUAGAACCACUUUAUAUCAGCUAAUAUCUUUUGGAUCUGUAUAUGUGAACUCAUUCCACCUUCAUUUUUGAUCUCAAGAGUUUCUUUUAUUCACUAAUUUUAUUAUCUUGCUUCAGGAAAUUCAUAUAUACUUCUAUGGAAAUUUUCACUACAAGAUAUCAUAAGUAGGUGGAUUUCAUGAUCUAUUUUUUUUUCGUUUUGUAUGAAUGUGCUUGUCAUUUAUAUGAAUCUUAAGCAUUUUCUGUAGUAUUAGUUAAAAUACCUGGCAAUCUAUCACAAUAAUCACAUGUUUAAAUAUACCAUACGGGUUGUAUAUAUAUACAUAUGCAAACAUAAAGUGGGAAUCUUUGCAAAUCGAUGAUAGAAUUUUGAUUUUGAUCGUUCUAUGAUUGUUUAAAAUCAGAAAUCAUAAACCAACGGCGAAAUCCAAAACUUGACAGAAAUUUGACGCUUGUGUCUAGAUUUCAAACUUAGUCUAGGCUGCGAUGACAAAAUAUUGCAGAAAUCAGUGCAUCAAGGUCACGUCCCCAAUAGUGUGGACUCAGGCCUACUAUUGUUGGUUUAUACUUUUUUUAUUUGAAUUUUUUCAGAAAAAAAUCUAAGAUGUUUUUACUUAUACAUUUAUAUACAAACUUUAAGCUUAUGGAAUACUUUUCUUUUUUGCUUACUAACUUACUGAAUAUUGUAAAUCAAUUGUAUUAUGCAGCUUUUUUCAUAACCAAUUGAAAAUAGAAAGAAAUUUACACAAUGGUUAAUUAGUAGUGUUGAUAUAUAUAUCACGUUUUUAUAGAAAGUGUUAAUAUAUCACGUUUUAUAGCUAAGGUUUUGAAACGUAUGGGUUUUCGUGACACUUGGAUUCAGUGGAUCAUGCAGUGCAUCAUAACAGUCUCCUAUAGCUACCUUAUACAUGAUGCAGUAUAUGGAUCAGUUAAACUUUACCGGGUAAUCAGACAAGGAGAUCCCCUCUCUCCCUAUAUAUUCAUACUCUGUGGAGAGGUGUUAUCGGGUCAGCCACCACAGGCGAACUUGAAGGAGUAAGAGUCGCAAGAGGCUGCCCACGAGUGAAUCAUCUGCUCUUUGCAGAUGAUACCAUGUUCUUCUGCAAUGCCUCGGCCGAAUGCUGCACCAAUCUAGUGAAGAUACUCUCAGAGUAUGAGGAAGCAUCUGGACAGAAAAUAAACCGCAAUAAAUCAGCCAUCACAUUCUCAUCAAAAACACCCGCAGAGAUGAAAGGAAGGGCGAAGGAAAUUCUGAACAUCAACAAAGAGGGUGGGCUAGGUAAAUACCUAGGCUUACCGGAGCAUUUCGGGAGAAAAAAGAAAGAUCUCUUCACAUCCGUGGUAGAUAGAAUCAGACAGAAAGCAUUGAGCUGGACUACGAGGUUCCUGUCAAAAGCCGGCAAACUCACAAUGUUAAAGUCAGUUCUCACGUCUAUCCCCAACCACUCUAUGUCAUGCUUCUUAUUACCAGUCUCACUAUGCAAAAGAAUCCAGUCUGCACUAACGAGAUUCUGGUGGGACGGACCUGAUGGGAAAAGGAAAAUGUGCUGGGUUUCUUGGGAUACUCUAACAAAACCAAAGGCUCAAGGAGGACUAGGCCUAAGAGACAUCCAACUGUUCAACCAAGCCCUAUUGGCAAAACUAGCAUGGAGAAUCCUCACAGUUCCUAACUGCCUACUUGCUAGGAUCUUAAUUGGGAAAUACUGUCACAACAAAAGCAUCCUAGAAAUAUCGGUACCUACAGUAUGCUCUCAUGGGUGGCGUAGCAUUCUCCACGGCCUAGAACUCCUAAAGCCACACCUGGGGAAGGCAAUUGGAAAUGGUAUGUCUACAAAGGUAUGGCAAGACUCCUGGAUCUCUUUGGAUAAGAAUGUGAAACCAAUCGGCCCCUGCACUGAGGAAGUGUUAGACCUGCAGGUUUCAGACCUCCUCACAUCAGACCUCAAAUGGAAUCGACGAAAGCUAGAGGAAAUCUUACCGUCGUUGGCGUCACAGAUUCAAGCCAUAAGACCAAGAACCAAAGGAGCAGAAGAUAUUUUUGUUUGGCAACCCUUGCAAUCAGGAGUGUACUCCGCCGAGUCAGGUUACUCUACAGCCUCAGCACCCAAACAUCAACAACACCACAAUAGGAGAACCAAGAGUUCCGCUGGGUAAAAGACAUAUGGUCUGGACUCUUCUCCCCUAAACUCAAAGUAUUCCUCUGGUCCACCAUCCAAAAAGCACUCCCAACUGGCGAGAAUCUGCAGAAUAGAGGCAUCACAUCAGAUCUCACUUGCCCAAGAUGUAAGGAAACAGAGACGUCAAUGCAUAUAUUUUUCAACUGUCCUUUUGCAAGGAAGGUUUGGGAAGCUGUACCUCUAAGACAAGCGAUUCCCACAUCUGCGGAGGACACAAUAACAUCGAUGGUGGUCAAGUUCAGAAGAGCCCUAUGCCUCCCACCGACUGGAGUUCAGAACCCAAUCCUUCCCUGGAUCCUCUGGUCCAUAUGGACAGCUCGAAACAAACUCCUCUUCGAAGACAGAAACAUGCUACCUGAGGAGGUCGUAUCAGGAGGUAUUAGGCUUGCGAGAGAGUGGAACCAAGCACAAGAGCCAAGGAACUCACCAAAGAAGCCAGUAUAUGUUCCAGAGGUCAGCAUCGACGGGAGGACAAUGCCUCGAAACCAUAGCGACGACAGCGCGAUCAUCUGCACAACGGACGCAUCUUGGGAUGCGACAUCAAAGAGGGCCGGCUUAGCAUGGAUUUUCAGGGAGAACAACGGAACAAUCGCGAUUCAAGGAUCAGAAAUCCAACACUCUGUUUCAUCCCCCUUGAUGGCUGAAGCCCUAGCAAUUAGAUCAACCCUCGUCAUGGCAGCAGAACACGAGAUUCUCAAUCUCAGAAUCUACUCCGACUCACUAACACUCAUUCGAGCAAUCAACACCAAGAUGCAGGAUAAAGAAAUUUUUGUAUCCUCUGCGACAUCCAUCAAAUAUCUUCUGUAUUUGGCUCAAUCUCCUUCUCGUUCUUGCCUCGAUCACAAAACAGAGAAGCGGAUGAGCUGGCUAAAUGCUGUCUCCGUUCUUUGUCUUUCAUGUCUUGUAAUGGGCUCAUUGGGCUAAACGCUUAGUUUUUAUGAUUAAUGAAAUCCUCAGUUGAACAAAAAAAGUGUUAAUAUAUCACGUUGGAUUCGCAUUUACCUAUGGCCAUAUACUAUUCUCUAUAUCUAUCACAUUUUAACUAAAGCUGCAUAACAUAGUAGUCUAUAAUCCGGAUGGGGACAAACAUAUGGGUUUCGUUCAAGCCAGACCUAAGAAAGUGCUUUGAAUUCGAAUAUAUAGACUAAGGACCGAUUCCACCAAAAAGAAAAGACUAAGGAUUGUUUAAAGUAAUUCUCUUUUGUUAUAAAAAAACAAAAUUGCUGCCCAUAAUUUUGCAGCAACUUUGUAGCAGAAGAUUUACCCGUACAUAUAUAAAUGGUUAAAAAAAAUAUAGACCCUAUACCAUUAGAGACAAGAUAGCUUCCAAACUAAAAUAUUCAUUAGAAAUACAGGUAUUCCAAUGCUUGAAAUUAUUGUGUCGAAGGACAUAUUCACCCAAAAAGACAGGCAAAAAGAUUUGCCUAGGCAUCAUUUUCUUCCUUUCUUAUUCUGCAAAUAUAUAGGUCCUAGAAGAAUUUAGGGGGUACAUGCACAGAGAGAGUCCAUUGGCUACAUUGCAUCUAGAUUCAAAUCUUACUGCCAAAAUAUAAUGAUAAUCACAAAGCUUUUUCAUAUUUAAUUGAUUGUCUUGUAAAGCCAGAUAAUGGUUUUAUAACUCUAGAUAAUAGCCAUAGUUACAUGUCCUCUUGAGUUAUGGACUUAUUUAUGGCCCUAUUCAUAAAGAUACCAUUUGAAUAAAGUCAAGUUAGUUAUAUUGGUCAUUGACAUCUUUUAAUUUUUGAAAACAGGUUGCGUUUUAAUUAAACUGUAACGCUUCGUCCGUCCAUGGUUAAUGGGCCACCCACGCCUGCUCUCUUGGUCCGUGGAUCCAUUCCGUUCCAUCGGUCAGUCAGUUAAUUUUUUUGAAGGCUCGAAAUCAUCGUUUACUGACCCUGCAAUCACCACCUGGCCAUUCUUUUGGCCUCCCUCGCACGGUAUCACGAUUCACUUCCCAAUAGGUCAAACAUCCUUUCACUACUCCAAUCCAAACACACUUAACUCUGGAGUACUAACGGAUGUGUGACGGAAAAGGUAAGUCAACUUUGGUGACAUAGGCAGCCAAAUCAAUCCUCUUAAGCCUUUCCAUAUAUCACAACUCGGGAUGUUACAAUUCACCCUCUCUUAAAGAACGCAAUGUCCUCGUUGCGCCUCACGACAGGUCUCAAGAUACCUCUCGGGUCAGAACCGAGAUGGUUAACCAGGUUCGAUACCUCUUGUAACGCCCUGACCGCCUACAGCUAAUGAGCCAUCCACGCCUGUUCUCUCUUCCCGUGGGGCCCAUCCCGUUCUAACGGUCGGUCUGUUAAUUUUUUCAAAGGUUCAAAAUCAUCGUUUAUUGACCCUACAAUCACCACCUGACCUUUCCUCGUGCUUUGGCCUUACUCGCAUGGUAUCGGAAAUCACUUCCCUAUAGGUCACCCAUCUUUUUACUACUCCAGUCCAAGCACGCUUAACUCUGAAGUUCUAAAAAGAUGUAUGAAAGAAAAGGUAAGUUAACUUUGGUGACAUAGAUAGACAAAUUAAUCCUUUUAAGUUUUUUCAUAUAUCACAAGGGAUGUUACAUAAACUUUGUCAUGGAGGAGUUUUUGUUUUGAUAGGAAGAUGUGUGGAAUUCGAUAUCAAAUUCUUCAAUCAACCAAAUAAAAAAUGAAAUUUAAAACGAAAUCUAUCACUUCUUAAUACCACAAAUGCUGUUAGCCCACGUAUUAUAUACGAUGCAUCAAACCAGGAGUGGGCAUAAACCAAGUACUUGCUAAUUUUCGAAGGCUUGAUACUUGGCUUGGCUCGUUUAAGUAAUCGUGUUUGAGACUUGAAUUUGGCUUGUCUAAAACAAGUACUUGCUAUAUCAAGUACUCGAGAAAAAAAUCAGUACUUGCAAGUUACUUGGUCCGAUUCAUUACUUGAUAAAAUCAAGUACUUGUUUCAAAAGUAUUUAUUAUUUGCAAAUAAGUAAAAUAAAGCAUAAUUUUAUACAAUGAAUUUUGGUUUUUUUUUAUAUUAAAAAUCUUUACUCGAAUAUAAUAUGUUUAUUUGAUUUCAGUUACAAUAUAAAUAAUAAAUAAAAUUUGUUAAAUAUAUAAUAAAAAAAUUAGAAACAAGUAGCGAAUAUUAGGUAAAAAAUAGUAAUUAGGCAAAUAUUAAAAGAUAUAAAGAUAUUUGAUGACUUACAUUUACAAAUAAUAAGAUUUAUUGACUUAUUAUCCGGCUUAACAAUGUCGAGAACUUGAAUUUUAAGUGAAAUAAGACAAACAAGACAAGUAAAAGAAACAUGAUUUAUCCAAUUUUAAAAUGUAAAUGGAUUAAAAUUCUGAAACUAUAAAAAUUUAUAACAAGUAACAAGUACAAAAGAGUCAAGUAGUUAUAUUUUUUUAAGGACUUGAUACUUGGCUUAUACUUGCAAGUUUCUCAUUUCAGAAACUUGUUACUUGGUUUGAUCACGACAAGUACUUGAUUUACGGGGACAAGUACGGGACAAGUAGCGGGUAAGAACCGAGUAUCGAGUAUCCGUGCCCAGCCCUACAUCAAACCGAGAGAAAUUAGGUAACAAAACCAAAGUUUCGUAAGGAUUAGCCGAUUGAAUAGUGUCACAAAGAAUACCACUUAAAAAUGAGAGAAAUAUAAUUGGGUAAACGAUGAGAGGAAGAAACUAUAAUAAUCGCACGUGCUAGUGAGACAAAACAAGGAGACAUAGACAAGAUAUGUUCCGAGAAGAUCCAAGCAUUCCUCGUGACACUGUUCCUAUCUCCUAUGAUCAUUUCUUUUUUUUUAUCAUCUUCUUCUGCUUGGGGGACCAAAAACACUUCAAUAUAUAUAAUAAGGCCAUUUUUUUCUUCUCAUAAUCUAUUGAGAUAUAUAUAUAUAUAGCUAAGCUUUUCGGUAUCUGCCGUCAAUUUUUAACGCUUGAUAUGUUCAUAGGUUUUCUUAACAUAUCUUGUUGAGCCGAUCAUAAUAUCUUCAAUCGAGCUAUCUUGUCAAACAUUAGUAUAGUGUUUUCUUAAGAGUUAUCUGAACUUCUAAUCAGAAAAUAACUAUGAUACUAUGUAUAGUAUAUACAGUACCUUGAAAAUCUUACAGUUUUAUUAAAAUAUCGGGAAUAAGACAAUAUACAAUUGAAUUUUAUCUUAUAUGAAAGAAUAACUUAUUAAAGAAUGUGAAAGAAUAAUUUGGGAAAGUUAAAAAAAAACAAAUUUUAGAAACAAGCCUCGUAUUCUCAAUAAUGUAUUUUUUUAUUUAUACUGAAAUCUAUAAUAAUUUGAGGUUCCAUACGAAAGAGUUUAAUAUUUUUAGCGUCAAUUCGACAUGGUCGACAGAUACCAGAACAUUUAGACCAUACCUCGAGACCAGUCAUAAGAUGGAAAACUAAAAAAACUUGAGUGGUAGAUUAAUUUUAGUGUGACAAUCUGUCAUGUGAACCCAACCUAGCCCUACAAAGCAACAACUCUAAUCUUUCACCUUUGAGUUGUCACUAAUUCUUUCAGACAUAUUAGUGGUGCGCUCGACGUUCUUCGAACUUAAGACCUCAACUUUUAACGACUCUCUCACAAGACAGAUUAUCACCAAUUAAUCUACUUAGAAUAUGUGUUCUACAUGACCAGUUUGAGGUCCACAUGACAGAAAUUCACAUAAAAAUUAACUUUUAUUGUAACACUUGUCCUGUGGAUCCCACUCGUUCCAUGGAUCCCACUCGUCCCAUAGAUUUCAGGCUGGUUCUGCAGAGCACCGACCCAAACCCCUCACCUGUAACAACCUUCUUACAAGACAAGUUAUCAGCAAUUGAUCUACAAUUCAAUUGAUGACAACUUAUCAUGUGGGAAUGUUGUUAAAGGAUGAGGUCUAGGGUUCGAAGAACGUCAAAGGCACCAAUAACCUGGAUGGGAAAGCCAAGGAGAAUUCACAGAUGAGGGGUUCGAUUUGUUGCUCUACAGUCCACGGAACUGGUGGGAUAUACGGAACGGGUUGUAACAAUUAGUGAAUCGUUUAUUUUUUUCCUUAUACUCAAUUUUGUUUUAUAGCUAGGAAAGCGUCCAACUCCUCCUUAGUGCAAAGCUUAAUUGAAUUGCAUUAUUGUCUUAAUCAUAGUUGGGCUAUGUACAUUGUUGCACGUUACGUAUUUUUGUUGCAUUUGUGCUGCCACCAUUCAUCUCUCUCACACACCUAUACUGAAUGUUAUGCAUUGCAUUAUAUUAGUUCGAUAAACAAUUAUGCAAAAAUAUUAGUAUUUCAUAUCCUUAUUUGUCUGAGUGGAACUAUGAUUCAUAACAGAAAAAAAAAAGACAAAUCAUUUUAUGUUAACCAAGCGGAACCAAAGUCCAUGACAUGAUAUAACAACCUACACGCAGUCUUGUUGUUCGACAGAGAAAAUCAAAUACAUAAUCUCUAAGAAUUUAAACAAUGAGACCCUAGAUUAUCGACCACCAUGCCACUAUACAGAUUAGCAUGUGUGAGUUGUAGAAAAACAAAAAAAACUUGAUGAUGCAGUAAUAGAGAACUGGACUAGAUUCGUAGCAGACAUUCCUGGUCAUCCUUGAAUGGCACUUUAUGAGAAGGAGCAUCACAGCUAAUCAAGUCCGAGGAUACACCAAUUAAUUUUGUCUCGGACCAACAUUUUAUUCUUGUAAAAUUAAAUCAUACAGAAAGUAGCAUCUACAACCAUAGCCAUACGUCGUCCGAAUCAUAAAGUAAAUGAAUUUUGAUACAGUAUAUAUAAGUGGAUAAACUGUCAGAAAAUUAUUUUCCGAUAGAAUCUUAUCUGCUAAUAAUAGCAAACCCAAUUAAUGUAAAGUUGUGCAUUUUUAUAAAAAUUUCUAUUUUUGUUAAAAUUUAUGUUUUUUCAUUAAUGUGUCUUUUCAUUAAAGGUUGUAUUUCUCCAAUAUGGAACUAUUGUAAAAAAUUUGUGAAUAAUUUCUUUUUUGGAUGAAAUUUUAAAUUUAUUGAUAGUGGUAAAAAGAAUAGGCAUUUUACAUGUGUGAAGAAAAAAGAAGCUAUACUACUAUAAGAGCUAAAGCAGAAUUAAAAGACUUAUUGCCUAUGGUAUUUGUAUAAAGACGUCCAAAUACUCAUAUCGUUACUUCGAACCAUCGCCUCAUGAGUCCCUCCAGUUUACUUCCAUACAGAUAUCCCAGUGAUGAGAUUAUGUUUUGAUGUGUCUUUCAUCAUAAAAUGUAUAUUAAUUGAUUAACUUUUUUUUUGUAUAGAAUUUUUUUAUGCUCUCUUGGCGCUGAGCAAGGUGAUUUAGGGUUUCUAUGGUGUCGCGACGAUGGGAUCCGGGCAUCGAAGAGGGAAAGUGGAUCGGAGUGGAUUUCUCUCAAAUAAAGGUUCGAGGAGAUACGGAAAGUAGAUUUCAUUAAGAUCGCGAAGGAAAGUGAUGACUAGAGGAAGGGGUUUUUCGGUGAAACUAUCAUCAGGUGAUCAGGGCUGGGUUUACAUCAUCAUUAAGAUGAAAUCAAGUCUCUAUCACGAGCCAUCUGCUAAGCAACAAUGGAGAGGGGACCCGCAAAAGGCUGAAGAUUUUGGUGCCUCACUUUGAUAACUCUGAGUUGGUCAAAUCUUUCUCCAAAACGUUGAUUGGAAGAUGCAUGAAUCCGGAGGAACAUGAAAUGAAGGCGUUGAUCACGAAUAUCCCAAAGAUCUGGAAGUUGGAAGAUCGUGUUGUCGGCACAGAAUUGGGACAUGGAAUGUUUCAGUUCGUCUUUGAAAAUGAGGAAGACAUUGAUGGGGUCUUGAAGCUCCAACCGUUUCAUUUUGAUUAUUGGAUGCUCUCUCUGGCAAGAUGGCAACCAAAGAGGUCUCAACACUUCCCGUUGGAGAUACCGUUUUAGGUUCGGGUUUUGGGCAUUCCUUCGGAGUUUAGAACGGCUCCUACUUACGAAAGUAUCAGGGAUGCUAUUGGAAGAACGGUGGAGGUUGAUGUGGAACAGGCCCGAGUCCAAGUGGUGGUAGACACAUUCAAAGAGCUUUGCUUCGAAACCACAAUAGAUUUUAAGGGAGGGGUGUUUUAUGAGGGGGAGGAAGCUCUGGUGUCUUUGCGGUACGAGAAGCUCUUUGGCUACUGCAAACUAUGUUUCAGUCUUUGCCAUAAAGAUGAGAAGUGCCUUUUGGAGAAGAUGAACACAAAAAAGAGUCCAGAGAGAAAAAGGGAGAUAAGAGAGGAACACGGUGGUUGGUAUGAUGGAGGAAAGUACGAUGACAGGGCCAUAAGCUACAAAGGGGUUGUUAUUAACGGUAAUGGAAAUCAACAGAAUAGAGACCGAGAGAGCCGAGAUCAUUACGGGAAGGGGAAAGGCAAAAUGUUUGAAGAAGCGAACUCGAAAUGGGUGAAGGUUCCGGAGAAAGGUUCUAAGAGAACCUCUACCUAUCGUGAAAACUCUCGCGGUGAUGGGGAGAACUCAUAUCGAAGACCGGUGCACAGAGAGGAAACGCGAGUGGGUGGUCAGGAGAACCAGAAUCAUAUAUCUCCAUGGCGUGCACGAGUUCAGGAAGCUCAAAAUGAAACACGGGAGGAGGUCUGCGAGGAUGGAGAGAUCAAACAGGCUUAGGAGGGGCUUACAAUCGCGCCUUCUCAGGAAUUUCAAGAGGCACUGACUACGACACAGGCGGAUGGAACAGAGGUAAUUUCGGAUCCCACUGAGGAAGUGGAAGGGUUACAAAAUAUACAAGGUCUUUUAGAAAAUCAGGUGGAGGAUGAAGAAGAUGGGGAAGUGAUGGAGAUGGAUGAAAUUAAGGCUAUUUUUCUUGAACAUGAGAUUGAUAUGGAUGCUGCGGAUGACUUACCGGAUAUCUCAGAGAAGGAAGCUGAGGGAAUGCUCAUGGGUCAAGAACAGGAGGAAGCUCCUGCUCAUGAGGGAGAGGCUCAGGUUUUGGUUGAAGCAGAUAAGGAUGCAACUGCAGAAGAAUUGACGAAGAAACAGGGGACCCGUAAGCGUUUGUUUAAGCCAAAAGUUGCCACUGCAGGAAGUACAAAGAUGAGGAUCGCUUCUGCGCUAGUUUCACCUCGUAAACGUGCUGCAGCUAAGCCGGGAAUUCGUCAUGGGGAGAACAGUAAGCAACUGGAGAGUAAGGGACCUUCAAACCUGAAAUCGGGACAUCAGAAAGGUUAAUUUAUGGAUUAAGUCUAUCUUAUAUCAAGAAAUAAGGGUUGGGGUCUGGGUUUGGGUUUUUAAUCUUUUCAAUAAGCUCUACGAGUAUUUGCAUUUCUUUGGGGUGUCAGGUUUUUAUGGAGUCUGUUUGUUUCUUGUUGUUAGAUAAGAUAAAUGUUAUCUUGUCAUUUAAUGUUAUGGCUUUGCAAUGGAAGAUUAUUAGUA